GCAAUUAUGUCAAGAUCCACCAAUAGAACCAACCAUCCGGUUGAUUCUUGUCGCCAAUUAAAGGAACAUGACAAUGUGAUAUCUCAUUGGAAGAAUAGCUACUGCACUAAAGAAUUUGAACUACACAUGGGCGAAGAUUCCAAAUGUUGGACCAGAUCUCACAAACUUGAUAUACAAAACUGUGGAGAUGAGUUGGCAUGAUUUCUUGUGUCUACCAUUCAAAUGGCGUUGUAUCAUACAGUUCCUCUAUAUAAAUAGGCCUCAGAAGAAGGCUAAACACAUCAAACCGAAAGGCGCUCUCUCAUUCUCAUACCUCCAAACCUCAAGUACUCAACACAGAGGAAAGAGUCUUAGCAACAGAUAUGGCUUGCCAUCUUAGAUCAGUUAGUUUGCCUUCUAGGCCUCACACCAAGGUCGAAGAGGAGCUGCACAGCCUAGAGGCAAGCAUCUCUUCACCCUCCAUGACCAUCGAGACUAUCUCUGAUGGUUUGAGGAGGCUUGGAGACAUCUACAGCACCAUUGAAGAGAUCCUGUGCCUUCCUAGCAACCAAAUUUGCUCUUCCCAGCAAAGGAAGAUGUUGGAAGGUGAAACUGAGUGCUCCCUUGAGCUACUAGAUCUCUGCAAUGCCAUGCAUGAGGACUUCACCGAGUUGAAGGCCAUUAUCCAAGAUCUGCAAGUGGCGACCAGAAAAGGAGAUGACACCGCUGCUCAAGUCAAGAUCCAGUCUUACACCCGCCUAGUGAAGAAGGCGAAGAAACAUUUCAAGAAGGCCGCGAAGAAGGUUACAUCCAACAAGGAGGACUGCAGGAUGGUCAGGCCGUUGAGCGAGGCUAGGGAGAUCACCACCUCUCUCCUCGAGUCAACAGUACACCUCUUGUCCAAGCAAAUCGCAGUGCCAAAAUGGUCUCUCGUCUCCAAGGCAUUCCAGAAGAAGAACUCGGUUGUUUGCAAGGAGGAGCAGUUGCAGGUCCUAGAGUGCAGUGUCGGAGAUCUUGAGGCUGGAGCAGGAAUCCUGUUCCGGAGAUUGCUCCAGAGCAGAGUUACUCUCCUAAACAUUCUUAGCUCAUAGAUACUCUUCAACAUCUGCUACUCUUGCAGUGUGCGAUUGGCUUCCACCUUUUAAAGGAUUGCUGAUCUUUCUCAAUGUGUAUAUAUAUGUAGAAAUGUACAGAAUACUCCAUACAGAAAGGAAACAAAAG